AUGCAGCACACUCAGGAUAUUGCAAGAAUCUUGAAGAAGUUCAAGACCGAUUGGAUUUUCACGGACCAAAGGUUGAAGACCUUUAGUCAAUGGCCAUACGACAAUAAUGAGGAGAACGAGUGCACGUCUAAAAAGGUUUGUUUCAUUGUGUAAAAACUAAAAUAAUGUGUUGUUUUAAUUUUUAUAAAUUUUUGUUUUAUAUCUUACGCGUUUCUUUACAUUAUCAUUUGUUUUAGUUAGCAGCCGCUGGAUUCUUGAUGACAUCUGCUGAUCCAGAAGAGCCCAGUGCUAAAUGUGAAUGGUGCUUGAAGGAACUUGUCUUUGAUCCGUCGGAUGACCCAUUGUAAGUUAACUGUUAUGAUUUUUUCAUGUUUUUAGUACGUGUCACUUCAAGGUCUGUCCGAUGUUUCAAUUCAAGAAGAGCGAGGAAGAUUGGAGUGCCAUGGAUACUUUGACAGCACUUUUAUGGUACAAAGCUGUAAAUGUAGGUAUUAAUGUUACUGUAGAAGUUCUAAAGUUGUGCUGAUUUGAUUGAUGUUUAUGAAGAGAUUAAAAUAAAAUCUUUCUUUAAUAUUGGUUUUUUGUCAUAUUUUUUAAUUGUUUGUAACAUUAAUUUAGGAAAUGCAGCAGCUAAGGGAAUCAAAGGAAGUUCUGGGCAGCACAGUGGACGAAACUCGCAAACGAAUGCAAGAUCUGAUGAUCAAGGGAGAGAGAGCUGGUCGCAAAUGA